CCCCCUGCGCUCCAUGGUCGAGGACCUGCAGUCGGAGGAGUCCGACGACGACGACAGCAGCUCGGAGGAGGAGACGCACGUCAAGACGAACCCGCCGAACCGCGACUCCCGUAUGAGCCUGGACAGUGAGAGUGACAGCAGUGAUGGUUCCCAUCGGCCUGUUCGAGACCCUCCUCCCCCACCACAGAAACACAACUCCUCCAAUAACAAGAUGUCUGGGAGGAAAAGUCCUGAGCCGUGCAGCAGGUCUGAGAAGAUGCUAAAGAAGGGGUACGACAAGGUAGGAAGGGCCUACACAGAGGAACUGGUGGAACUCCACCGCAGACUGAUGGCUCUGAGAGAGCGCAACAUUCUACAGCAGAUUGUGAAUCUUAUUGAAGAGACCGGCCACUUCAACGUCACCAACACCACCUUUGACUUUGACCUCUUUUCAUUGGACGAGUCAACUGUCCGUAAACUACAGAGCUACCUGGAAGCCACUGCCACGUGACAGGAAGUUCCUGUGGGGGGAAAAGGGGGCGGGGUUUUCUCCUCCUCAUCCCGCCUGUGUGUAGAGCAGGGUGAGUGGGGGAGAAUCUGAGUGGCUGAACUGCCUGGGUGUGUUGGAGAAGAGGAGGUUUUGGGGGGGGGGGGGGGCAGGUAGAGUCCCCCUGUCGGGACUCCUCACCUUGGCAGGUGCACCUGGACCGGACCGGACCGCCAGCGGGCUCGUGUUCGGACCUGAGGGUCUGUGUGCUGCACUGUGGAACUCAGCUACUCUCUCUCCCCCUCCCACUCCGUCCCGCCCCCCCCCCACCCCCCCCCGCUGCACCUCCCUCUUCUGCUCCCAGCAGGAGUCUGUUUUUUCUGUAAGGAAUAUCCUUCAGACCCCCUGUUUGCAUGUCUGUCUGUUUGUGUGGAGAACGGGGUCAGCGGUGGGCCGAUGUGGGGGAGGGGGCGGUGGGGGGGGGGCAGUGUAGGCGAGACCUGUUGAAUUUUUGAUACUUUGCACCAAAGCUUGAGCCGGCGCCUCCCCCAGCCCCCCCCCCCCCCCCGGCGUUCCUCACUGGCAGGUCUGUCUGCUUUUCGGAGGAGCCGGACGGGUCCAGGAGGGGUCCGGUUGGGGUCCAGGAGGGGUCCGGCUGUUCCGCUGUCGGUCGACCGUCGGCUGGCCGCCUAAAUUUCAUUCCAGUGCCGUUCAGGUGCCCCUCCCUCUUCCUUUUGCUGACCCUUAUCUAAACCCCCCCCCCCCCCCCCCCUUACACUUCCCUCCUACCCCCAGUUCCCAAGUCUUUGUGAGGUGAAAGGGCUAUCGGGUUGUGGUGGAGGGGGGGAGGGGGGAGCUCCAAAAUUGACUUUGGGGGGGGGGGACAAGAUGCAGCCAUAGUCACCUGGAUCACAGAAUGGGCAUAUUUUUGUUUGUUUUGUUUUUGUUUUUUUUUUUUUUUUUUUUUUUGUAUUUUAUUUUUAUACUGAUAUUUUACAAUUAUUUUUGAUAGCUGCGAUCGAUGUCAGUUAGGAAAUCCUUGAAACAUGAAUGUACUGUUCUCGUGUUUUUCUACGUUUUUGUUUUACAGGGCU